AUGGAUUGCCCUAUACCAGCAUGUGCAAAGUGCACAUUGAAUUGCUUAUUGAUUCAUGGGAAGAAUAAGGACCCAUCAACUGUUGCUACCUCUUUUUUCAAAAUCAUGAUUGGUGAUAAUUUUUCAAAAGUUCUGUUCUUGCCUCCUAAAUUUGCCCGAACAGUGUCAGACUUGAUUGAUCAAAAAACUCAGCUGGAGGAUGCAAGCGGGCAGAGGUGGACGGUAACAUUAUCCAAAUAUGAUGGGUCCUUGGCUUUCCAACAGGGAUGGCCUGCUUUUUCACUCGAACAUGGUCUAGAAAUUGAAGAUUUUGUGUUAUUCCAUUACAUAGAGCAAUCUCACUUUGUUGUUCAAAUCUAUGGAAAAAGUGGGUGUGAAAAACUCUAUUUUUCAAAGGAAAAUAGCAAUCAGAAGAAACGAACAAAGGCUAACAGAGAUUCCUGUGCCAAAGAUGAACAAUGCCACACAAUUGAUAAUGUUUCUAUAAAUUCUAUGAACAAAGAGGGUUCAAAUACUUCUACUGUAUCUGGUUCUGAAGGUGAAAUAAGCCGAAGGCUGCCAAUGGCAACCACGUAUACCACUUCAAACAUUGAUAACGUCAAUGAAAGGCUUCAUCAUGUUCCCAGAACAAAAUGCAUCGAAGAACCAUUUUAUAUGAUUGAUAGAGAUUCUGGGAGGACAUCCGGUGUUGAUGGAACUAAAGAAGUUCUGGUAGAAGAUGUAAGGCCCCUUUCCCAUGUUAAUACAAUGCCGCAAUCUCAAGCUGAAGUCGAAAUAGUGGACAAGUUACCUGUGACUGAAGAGGUAGUGAGGCAGACAACGCUUUCAGAUGUACCUAACUUGCCAAUUCUUGAGAAAAUAAGGAGUUUCAAAUGA